GGCGCUCCGAGUGGGAAAUGAGGAGCUCGGAGGGAGGCACACGGAGCGACCUCGCAGGCGGGUUUGCAUCACUGGUGGGGACCCAGGCUCCGGGCAGCUUGCAGAGGGACCGGCCGCCUGCAGACCAUCGGGGUCCGAGGAGAGGGGCACAGCGCACAGGAGGCCGCACAGGGGCCCUGCCGGGGACAGAUGGCAUUGGCUCUCCUCAAAGACCCCGGGAGGCGACAGCUGGUGGCAGGAAGGGCAGCACAGGCUCCCGCUUGUGGCUGAGAGAGCAGAUGGCAACCUCGCGUGGCAGGCAGGGCGGGCGCAGAGCGUGGCACGCAGCCAACGCCUCCUGCCUCCAGACCCAACCUCCCCCCAGCCUCCCAGGCUGCUCUGGGCCUGGCACCCGAGAUGCUGAGGCCCAGAUCGGGGGGCGAGACCCUCCCCGACCAGAAGCCAAGAUGCUCUCACGUGGCGAGCGAGGGAGGGGGAGAAUGUGCCUCGGGCGGCUCUAGGCCGGCCUCCUGGGGACGGCCUACCCCUUGCUGAUGACCCUCUUCGAGCUGGCACGCAACCCCGAGGUGCAGCAGGCCCUGCGUCAGGAGAGCCUGCAGGCCGAGGCCACCAUCUCUGAGAACCCCCAGAGGGCCGUGGCCGAGCUGCCCCUGCUGCGGGCGGCGCUCAAGGAGACCCUGAGGCUGUACCCCGUGGGCAUCUCUGUGGACCGACAGGUGAACUCGGACCUGGUCCUGCAGAACUACCACAUCCCGGCCGGGACGCUGAUCACGGUGCAGCUCUACUACCUGGGACGCAACCCCUCCGUGUUCGCGAGGCCCGAUCCUGCUCUUCCCCGGCGAGAACUGACAGCAGGGUCCCCGUCCUGCUCGGGGCCGCGCUCCUUGUCCGCCGUGCUCUGCCUAGAGCUGAGCAUCGAGCUGGGCUGCUAUUUGCCCACCUGCCUGUUUCCAGCCGCGGGCCCUCCUGGCCCUGCCAUCCUCUGCGGCUGGCUGAGCCUCCCAGCACGGGGCUGGACAGACCGCAGCGGCUACUAG